CUUGAUGCAGGGUUUUGGCGCCAAACCCUUCUGAACCCCUUGGAAACCCUAAAACCCCUGAGCAAGCUGCAUAUCCUGCCUCCACCAGGAAAGUUGUCAACAGUCGAGGCGUGCUGUAGCAACCCUUUUCGCCCGGGGGCUACUUGGAGGUCAUCAGCAGAUCGCCGGAGAGAAGGUGCAAAUCAUGCAACUGGCGUCGCAGCCAGGAUUUGAACCCGCGAUCUAUCGUGAGUCGAUGUUCGCAGAGUCCCUCGGUCUUACCACUAGACCAUCCCCGAAGAGGGGUUGCCACCGGGCCAUUCAUUCAACGUAGUGUACCAUGCAUUGGCAUGGCAUUGCGUGUUCAUACUUCGUCUUGUGAACAGCAUCGCUAUUUGCAAUUGGCGCAACAGGCAAAAGCUAGGCGAGAAAGACGAAGGAAGCCAUGCUUUGAGCAAGCUGAAGAGCAUUUCACAUCUUGUCUGAGGGUUGAACAGAUGAUGCGGUGAGCAGCGGUGUCUUAAACUUCGUUCACAAUGGGGAAGAAGGCCAAGAAGGCUACCAAAAAGUUUCAGCGGAAGGAGUUGGGCAAGGAAAUACAAAAACGCAGAGCUCACAAGAUCAUCAAGGGACAGAGGGAGAAGGCGACAAAGCAAAGGAGGCCCGAUGAAGAUGACAUGGAGAUCAUACGGGGCCAGGACGGCAUUGCAAAGAAGUCCGGCAAGAUGGCCCCUAAAAAGCCGGUGGCGGACCUCGAUGUGGACGAGCUGAUGAAGGGCGACUUUCUGGACGGGAGCGCCUCGGACGACGAGGAGCUGUCCGAGGAGGACGCUGCAGCAGGGGAGGAUGACGACCUGGAUGACGUCGAAGCUUCCGACGACGAGGACGCCCUGGCUGACAUCCCCCCCGCGGAGGAGCCCGCCUCGGACGACGACCUGGGCGAGGGCGAGUCGGACGUCCGGGGCCAGAAUCGGACGCUCAAGUCCGAGAUCUCCCAGCACAAGGCGCAACUAGAGGCGCUGAAAAAGAAGGACCCCGAGUUCUAUAAGUACCUGGAGGACUAUGAUAAGGAGCUGUUGGACUUCGACGAAGAGGAGGAAGAAGGGGAGGGGCCGGAGGACGAGGCAGAGGAAGAGGGGGGGGAGGAAGAGCACGAAACUGAGGGGGUGGGCGCGGGAAAGGGAGGAGAGGAGCUGGUGCUGACGACGGCAAUGGUCGACGCGUGGUGUAAAGCCGCCAAGGAGAAGCAUGCGUUUGGCGCAACCAAGAACCUGCUACGCGCUUUCCGCGCCUCGUGCCACUACGGCGAUGGGGACGGCGAGAACCUGACGUCACAGAUCAGCAUUGCGAGCAGCCACGUGUUCAACCGCGUGAUGCUCUUCGCGCUGCGGGAGAUGGACGGCAUCCUGCGCGCGCUGCUCGGGAUCAACGGCCAGGAUGAAAAGACGAAAGUUGCUGACGUGGCAAAGCUCCCGCGGUGGCGGAAGGUGGAGCCGCUGGUGCGCUCGUACCUGGGCAACGCGCUGCACGUGCUGAACCAGAUGACGGACACCGCCAUGAUCGCCUUCACUCUCCGUCGCCUCAAGGCCUCCGUUGCGCUCCUCUCCCCCUUCCCCAAGUUCUCCAAAAAGUACCUCAAACUAGUUCUCCACUUCUGGGCCGGCUCCGAAGACUCCCUCCGUCUCCUUUCAAUCCUCUUCCUGCGGGAGAUGGCGGUGCAACUAGAUGGCGACUUUUUGGACCAGUGCCUGAAGGGGAUCUACAAGACGUACGCGUCGAACGUGAAGUUCGUGAACGUGGCCGCGGCACCGCGACUCGCCUUCAUGUCUAGUUGCAUAGUCGAGCUGUACGGCCUCAACCCGGCCGCUUCCUACCAGCACGCCUUCGUGUUCGUGCGCCAGCUGGCGCUCGUUUUGCGGACGGCGCUCAGCACUAAGGGCGCGGACGCAAGGAAGACGUCCGAAGCGUACCGCCAGGUCUACUGCUGGCAGUUCGUCAAGUGCCUAGAGGCGUGGGCCAACGUGCUCGCGUCACAUUCUGACAAGGACGACCUCCGUCCCCUCGUCUACCCUCUGACCCAGAUCAUCACCGCCACUGCCCGGUUGGUCCCCACCGCCCGCUACUUCCCACUGCGCCUCCAGUGCGUCCGCAUGCUCAACCACCUGGCGAACUCUACCGGACACUUCAUUCCGGUCGCCCCCCUUCUUCUCGACGUCCUCCAAAUGAAGGAGCUUCGGUCCCCCCCCACGGGAGGCCCCGGCGCGGCGGCGGACUUUUACACGAUUCUCCGGGCGCCAAAGACGGCGCCCAAGACGCGCGCGUUCCAGGAGGAUAGCGUCAGUCUGGCUUUGGAGCUGCUGUCAGAACACCUGAGCCAAUGGGCGUACUCCGUGGCCUACCCCGAGCUCGCGUUGCCAGUUUUGAUACAGCUGCGCAAGUUCGUCAAGGCGACCACGGUGGACCGUUUCCGCAAGCAGGUGAAGCAGCUGAUUGACGCGGCCGAGCGCAACUCGGAGUUUGUCGGGCGGCGACGCGACGCCGUCACCUUCAGUCCCAAGGACGCUGCGGCAGUCAAGAGCUUCUUGCAGGCCGAACGCGAGAAGAACCAGAGUCCGCUAGUUCAGUUCCACGCCGGGCUCAAGCAGCGUGCGGACGCCCGGCGGCGGCAGCUCCAGGCGUCGGACGUCCAAAUCGACGGCCCUCGUCCAACUUCGGACGGGGCUGAAGACUCAGAGGAUGAGAACGGGGAGGCGGUGUUUGGCGGGAAGUGGCUACCGCCCGGGCCGAAGAAGGAAGUCGUGGAGAAGCCAAAGCUGAGAGAGGAGCACCCGUUCGAUUCGGACGACGAGGACGCCGCGGACCUGGUCGAGGACCUUGUGCUGUCCGAAGACGAGGACGAGCCAACCGCCAACGGUGCGGCGUUUGGGGAUUCGGACGAAGAGCCUUCCGGGUCGGAUCGGGAUGACUCGGAUGGGAACGAGAGCGACGAUGACGGUCCGAUGCCGAAUGUGUCCAAACAAAAAGUGAACAGCAAGGGGAAAUUGGGAAAACCGAAACAACUAGGAAAGGGGAGGAGUCCAAGUGGCGGGAGUAAGAAGAGUGGUGGCUUUAAAAAGAAGGGUGUGGGUGUCAGGGCAACUCCUGGGGUUAAGAGGAGGAAAGCAAAGGGGCCAAGCGCUGGGCCAAAGGGCCCUCGGCCGAGCAAAAAGGGGAAGCACUAGGACUACAGUGUUAGCUGCAAAGGACUAUGUGUUGCUUCAUGGGUUACCAUGGGGUGCACCUUCAACCAAAA